UCUGACAGAGGGAACCCGUCACCUAGCCCCCCUGCCAGCAAUGGGCACAGCAGUUCUUCAGAGCUUGUCAGAGACUCCCAGGAAGUCCUUAGCAUAAACCCUCUAAGCGCACUACAGUCUGUCUUGAACAAUCAUUUGGGUAAAGCAAACAAGCCCAGGCCCGAAAGCAUCCUCUCCCAUCACACACAAUCCUUCUUUUCAGAACUGAAUAGAGGUUUAGAGAAACCAAUUUCGGCACUCUCAGCAUCUGCUGCCCUCAGGCCCAGCAAUAGCUUCAUGUACACAAAUGACGACCAACCAAUAGACUUGACAAAACACAAACACAACAAAACAAAGCCUUCCCUCUUAUUGCAGUCCUCCACUCCAGUGCCCCAGAAACAUGCCCUCUCUGACAUUGCCGACAUGGUGAAGGUUCUUCCAAAAGCCACAACUCCAAAGCCCUCAAUCCCAGCGAGAGUGCCUGUCAUGAAGCUGGAGACUGACGUGCGACGAUUCGAAGAUGUCUCCAGUGAAAUGUACUCGGUUCACAAGCGUAAAGGCAGACAGUCCAACUGGAACCCCCAACAUCUGCUCAUCCUUCAAGCCCAGUUCACCUCCAGCCUUUUUCAGACUUCUGAGGGCAAGUAUCUCCUCUCAGACCUCGGGCCUCAGGAGAGGAUGCACAUCUCCAAGUUCACUGGGCUUUCCAUGACCACCAUCAGCCACUGGCUCGCCAAUGUCAAGUACCAGCUUAGGAAAACAGGAGGGACCAAGUUUUUGAAGAACAUGGACACUGGCCAUCCGGUCUUCUACUGCAAUGACUGUGCAUCGCAAUUCAGAACGCCCUCUGCGUUUAUAUCCCACCUGGAGAACCACCUGGGUUUCCAAAUCAAGGACAUGAACAAACUACCCAUAGAACAUCCAACUAAAGUAACAGAGCCCAAACUUUCAAAGGCGCUCAAUGUCCGGCCGACGGAUUCACAGAUCACAGAAGAGGAAUCUGACUCAAAGUUCAAAUGCAAGCUUUGCAGUCGGACAUUUGCCAGCAAUCACGCGGUCAAACUUCACUUGAGUAAAACUCACAGUAAAUCCCCUGAGAAUCAUUCACAGUUUGUGGAAAUGGACAAAGAGUAGCUUUGUUGAUUUUUACUACUUGUAGUUAUCUUGUUGGUAAAUAACUGUAAUUGUUCUGCUUUUAUAAAACACGGGUCAAAUUGUCUACUUUUUUUUCUUCCUUUUUUUCCAUAAUGUUUCAAGUAGCAUUACGUAGAAUGCUUAAAGUUCAACUUCAGAAUCAACAUUUCAUCAUAUUAGACUAAAUGGACGCACUGGCUGGGCUAGAAUGAAGUGUACUGUUAGAAAAUAAAUAA